AAUUUUUCGGAGCAGAAAGAGAAAUUGAUAAAACGUCAAUAAGAACUGGACAGGGGCUACAAAUCCAUUAUGGAGUUAAUGAAUGUUCUUGAACUCAGAAAAUAUGAAGCUAUCCAGCUGACUUUUAAACAGGUAUCAAAGAACUUCAGUGAGGUAUUUCAGAAGCUGGUGCCUGGUGGAAAAGCCACUCUUGUGAUGAAGAAGGGUGAUGUGGAAGGCAGUCAGUCUCAAGAUGAAGGUGAAGGCAGUGCUGAGAGUGAAAAAGGAUCAGGAUCUCAAAGCAGUGUCCCAUCUGUAGACCAGUUCACUGGAGUUGGGAUUAGGGUUUCUUUUACAGGUAAACAAGGUGAAAUGAGAGAGAUGCAGCAGCUUUCUGGUGGGCAGAAGUCACUAGUGGCCCUAGCCUUGAUCUUUGCCAUUCAGAAAUGUGACCCUGCUCCCUUUUACCUCUUUGACGAAAUUGAUCAAGCCUUGGAUGCCCAACACAGAAAAGCUGUUUCAGAUAUGAUAAUGGAAUUGGCAGAACAUGCUCAAUUCAUUACCACAACUUUCAGACCUGAACUGCUUGAGUCAGCUGAUAAGUUCUAUGGUGUAAAAUUCAGAAAUAAGGUCAGUCAUAUUGAUGUUAUCACAGCAGAGAUGGCCAAAGACUUUGUGGAAGAUGAUACUACUCAUGGCUAAGUGGAGGACU